UCUCAACAUGGCGACGUCCAUGUGCGCUCACAUUGCUUCGGCUCAGAGGGCGAUGCUGGGCGUUCUGCGGUGCACGCUGCGUGCCAGGUGCGCCUACAAGGCGCUGCCGAGGCACUGCUCGUCGUCUUCCAAGACUCCCGAUGAGCCCGACCAGACAGUCAAGGAACCUGAUCAAGCUAAAAAAGCGGCCAUGGAUAAGCUGUCCGCUUUACUUACUGACAUGAAGAUUGAAUCGGUGUCAAGCUCGGACCCCUCAAGUAUUUCCUUCAAAUUGGCCAAGCCAGGACGGCCAAAGAAGCCUGAAUUGAGAGAAGCUGCCGCAAAGACCAAAGGGCUCGAGCAGCAGAUGGUGGAGGCGGUCAAGGAGGUGGCUGCCAGUCUGGGUGGAGACCAGGAGCAGACAGAGUCCGAACUCCUCUCCAAGCUAAGGCUACACAAGGAGGAAAAGGAUGCAGGAGGGGACCUCGCCGACGACAAGAGCAAGGCACACCUGGGCGACCUCUUUGUGGGCAUGAAGGUGGACCGGCGGAGCGGACGAAAGAGCGGCCAGCGUCCUACUGGCAUGACCCGGCGCGGUGUCGCCGAGGACGGAGCCGCAUUCGGGACUCCGGUCUUGCCGGGAACCAUCGACGCCCUCGCUCAGGCCGUCGGCAGGGACGAGAGGGGGUCGCGCAAGAGGGUCAUCCCCACUGAGGGUUCCGAGGAAAAGAUGGACCUUGGCUCUGGCGUGCGGCUCAACAUCUUCUCCAACGAACGUCAGGAAAAAGAUGCCCCCCGCCUGGAGACCUGGGAGAGGCUGCAGCAACGGGAGUUGCGGCUCCUGGCGACCCCUCCCCCGAGGAAUGCCUAUGAGGAGAUGAUCCUGUGGACCGAGCAGGGCAAGCUCUGGACCUUCCCCAUCAACAACGAGGCCGGCCUGGAAGAGGAGGCCAAGGUGCCCUUCACGGACCACGUGUUCCUGGAGGGCCUGAUCGAGGACUUUCCCCGCACCGGCCCCGUGCGCCACUUCAUGGAGCUGGUGCUGGUCGGCCUGUCCAAGAACCCUUACAUCUCGGUCCAGCGCAAGCGGGAGCACAUUGACUGGUUCCGACAGUACUUCAGGGAGAAGCACGAGGUGCUCCGACUUGCCGGGGCCCUCCCCGGCGAGGGCCCUACACCGCCCCCUUUAACCGCCCCAGGGGAUGAAGGGGGGGCCCAGAGUACGGCGGCACACAACUGAGACGGGUGGCUUCCUUCCCACCGUGGCAAUAUUGAGAAAACAACUUAGCAGUUUGCACGUGGAUGGAUGCUUAAGGGGCACCAAACUCCCAAACAUCUCUUCUUUUAGGUGCCUGGAUCGCAAACACCUAAAAGUCGAAAUCGCUCCCAACUAAAAUUUUGUUUUGUGGCAUAAAUGUUGCCUUAAAAAGUUUUAUUUUUGUUUGGAGAGCUUAUUUUGUUUCUUAAAAAAGAUGUUUGGGAGUUUAGUGUCCUUUUAGUGGGUUGAUAGAAGAUGAGGAAGAGAAUGGCUACAGUAAAAUCCCUAGCCAGCGUCCACUCAAAAUUUUGAGAUAAUCAUGUAAAACUGGGCGUUGGGCACUUCUUAGGUCAACAUGUCCUUUGUGUAUUUUCCAAAUGUUACAAAAUUGAGGGGUGGGCACUUAUUGUGAGAUAGGUGGAUGCUUGGUACUUUACGGUAGUCUUCUGGGUUCCUCAAGAUAAAAUCAGCCUUUAUCGUGUGUGGAAGCUUGGCAGAUAAAUCAUGUAAAAAAGUAAGAAGCAAUACACUGAAACGAACGAAAGGGAAAUGGUGUAUAAUUUAAGGGAAAGGUACUCCAGUUCGUUUUUUUUUUUUUUAGCUGUCCAUGUCAGAAUCGUCAAAAAGGCAGCAUUACAUUGACCUGUGCCAGCACUUAGUAUGUCAGCUCCGUACCACCUGUACAUAGACGGUAUGAGGAAAGAAAUCAUAAUAAACGUUCAAAAUUUUA